AGUCCUCGUCUGUCUGCUUGGUUCAGGCAGAAACUAGGCAUUCGGUGUCAGUCGGCGAUUCUGUUGGCUAGCAGUCCAGGUCUGGAGUUUUUAGAAGCAAUAAGUAGAGGUUCCGCGUCGUUAGCGUUUCGCGUUGAUCGAAGCCCCGCCAAGAGAGCAGGAUGGCGAAUAAGGGAGCGAAGAAGCGGAAGGAGGAGAACGAGAAGCACCUGAACCGCCUGCAGAAGCUCAUCGUGACCGUUAAUGCGAUUUACAUCCUCGUGCGCCUCUCGCUCUUCUUCGCAUCCUUCACCUGGCGCCAUUGGAUCGGCCUCGUUGUAACCACCUUCGCUUACAAGACGUGCUUCGACCAGAUCGCCUCUCUUGCCGAAGCCACUUAUGACGAGACAGGGCAGCUGAUCGACGGCGGUAGCGACCUCAACAUGGGCGGGCUGUGCGGCUACCUGCACGACAUCAUCUACAUCACUGCAUUCGUCCAGAUCUCCUCCAUUCUCUCAGACUGGUUCUGGCUCAUCUACCUCAUUAUCCCAGCCUUUGCUCUGUGGAAGCUGUGGGAGCUUGUCCUCUAUCCCUACUUUUUCCAAAAAGUGGAACCUGGGGAGGAGGAUCCAAGGGAUAGGAAGAAGCGAGAGAAGAUGGAGCGGAAGGCUGACCGGGCUGCAAGACUAUCCAAGGGGCGAUGAUAACGCAUGCAUUUUGUACAAUGCUUGGGGGCGUACUAAAGUACAUUCAUUGUUGUUAUGUGAGAGGAUGCCUCCAUUUAUGUGUAGUAGUAGUACCGCAAAAUGUUAAGUUGCGUCUCAAACCUAGAGUGGCCAGGCCUCAUCACCCAUUUCAUAUUCAGUUGCAUCCAUUCUUGUUGAA